GUUAACAUUACAGAAGAGAAAAGAAAAAGGAGGAGGAGAAUUAAUUUUAAAACGCUUUAAUCUUUUCGAUGUACCCUUACAUAUCCAAAAGAGGAAACUGCCAUGUUGUAUACUAUUCUUGUGCCUGGAUCAUGAAGAUCAAAUGAAGGAGUUCAGCCAAUUGGGAGAAAAGGUCAUUCAUCUUCCGAAUAUGUCAAGGCAACACAGGCAUAAGAAACACAUUUUUAAGUGUUAGCAUUUAAAUACUUGCUGUAGCUUUUCAAAAAUGAAUAACUAUAAACUAUCAGAUACAGAGGAUAGUAAGGCGCUCAGCACGCUUAUAGGUGUUCUUAUUUCAGCAGGCGGCAAUGUUCUUAUCUCUUUUGCUUUGAAUGUUCAAAAGAGAGCACAUAACAACAUUCAAGAAAAGCAACAAUAUUACCCAAAAAUAGACAAUCAACCGCAAUGGAUUGCUUCUUACAACGAUUUUCUUCCCGAUGAUGGAUAUUCCUCGCCACGAAACUCUUUUGAAACUCACCCAAGCUCAUUUGCGGAAGGAAAUAGUGAACGGCAACAAAAAUUCAGUAUGCCGUUUUCUCGUGAAGAACAAAAAGCGACCAACUCAGAGUAUUUAAAGUCCAGGUUGUGGUGGUUGGGCAUACUACUGAUGGUAUUGGGUGAAGCGGGUAAUUUUAUUGCAUAUGGGUUUGCUCCAGCUUCCACAAUUGCACCGCUUGGUACAACAACGUUGGUCGCUAAUGUGAUUAUCGCACCUGUGAUGCUUAAAGAAGUUUUCCGCAGGAGGGAUUUAUUGGGAGUUAUUUUGGCUGUAUCGGGAGCUGCUAUUGUAGUCCUCAGCUCUAAAGCAGAAGAAGUAUCUUUAUCACCUGAGCUUAUUAUGCAAUCUAUUAGGCAAAGCCAAUCCAUAGUCUAUUUUGUCUUUAGUAUCAUCGUGCUUAUCAUCUUGACAAUACUAUCUCCUGUUUAUGGUUCGUCUAGCAUUUUUAUUGAUUUGGGCCUUGUCGCUGUAUAUGGUGGUUAUACUGUUCUCUCCACAAAAAGCGUAGCCUCUUUAUUGAGCUUGACAUUCUGGAAAAUGUUCACAUUUCCUGUGUCGUAUUUUCUCAUUUUCAUAUUGAUAGUUACGGCAAUUUUACAAAUCAAAUACUUAAACAAAGCUUUGCAGCAGUUUGAUUCAACAGAAGUCAUCCCCACUCAGUUUGUCCUGUUUACCAUUUCAGCUAUUCUUGGUAGUGCUGUUCUUUAUCACGAUUUCGAUAACAUGGAGUUUGACCAGCUGUUACAGUUUAUGCUUGGUUGCAUUAUAGAGUUUUUGGGUGUUUAUCUUAUCACCUCAAAACGUGCCAAGUAUAACACUCACGAUAUGUCAGAGGAAGCAGUUCAUGCUGAUAGCGGUGCAUGCAUUUCGCUCAACGAUGAUACGGAUGAGGUAAUCAGCUACUGUGAACACAGUGAAAUACUACCCAAUGACCAAUCUUCUAUCUUAAGUGCAACAAGUCAACUUCAAGUUAACGAUUACAAAAGUUUGAAUAGAAAGAGAAGUUCAGUUCAGGUUUUGACUGCCUCUGCUGUUCAGCCCGUUUUACGGAACUCUUCCUCGUUCGAAAUAUGGCGAGACUCACCAGAAAGUAAAUCUCAUAUACCCAAUAGCAAUACAACCCCAUCACAUUCAGGGCACCGGAGAAAUAGUUCAUCCAUCUUCAGAGGUAUAUCCAUGGCAUCGCAACUGGUAGACCGGAAUGAAGAAACUACUGAAUCAAUAAUUCAAUUGCCUAUAUCAUCUUCGCCAACAAUUAUACCAAAUUAUUUAAUCAACUUCAACAAAUUAAAUGACAAAACGCUAAACAACAUUUUGCAAGGUUUUGCUACAACCUUUUCUUCAGUGAGUACUUCUCAAGACCGCCGUAGCAGCUUAUUACCACAACAUAAUGACACUAAUGAAACAGCAAAAAUAAAUUUAUCAGUUUGUACUUCAGCAACUCCUAUUCAACAGAACAAAAAUAGAGCCGUUAUGGAUGAAGCUUCAGAUCGUGAAUUAAUGCCCAUACAUAAUUUGAAUACCAGCAGUGUUAAUGGUAACAAUAAACUUCCAAGGAGCAGAAAGCUAAUUGAUAUUGAAGAAGAUAUGACCGAAGACGAAACGACAACAAUUAUUUAG